GGCGAUACCUCAGGUAGACUGUGCGGGUCUGGUUCUCUUCUUGAUACUUCAUCGGCUUCGACAUCCUGAGCGGGGAGCGCUUUGAUCGAUACCGACGUAUCCACGCGUGCCCGCUGGAGACCGACACGGGGGAUAUAACCCAUCUUCGCCCCCCACAAGCCAUGGAUAGCGACUCGGGCUUUGUUGGUCAUCGGCCAAGUUUCCUACGCCGAGUCGCUCGCCAGUCCGCAGAUGUAUUCGACAAUAAUACAGGGCUGCUUCUGAUAGCGCUCUCUCAAGCAUUCACAUCCCUCAUGGGUGUGUUCGUCAAGAAGUUGAACGCGAUAGAACCUCGAGUUCCGCCUGCCGAGGUGAUAUGGAUACGUAUGGUUAUGACCUGGGCGGUAUGCAUUGUUUACAUGUCAGCCUCAGGAGUGCCGAGCCCCAUACUGGGGCCGAAGGAAAUCCGGCUUCUCCUGGCUAUGAGAGGUCUAGCAGGCUUUGUAGGGCUUUUCGGAACCUACUACGCCCUGCAGUAUUUGUCGCUAUCGGACACCACAGUUCUCUCAUUUCUGACACCAAUGUGCACCGCUGUCACUGGGGCGCUUUUUCUGAAAGAGGAUCUUACGGGAAAACAAGCCCUAGCUAGUGCCUUCAGCUUUGUAGGCGUGGUGUUGAUCGCCCGCCCGGACUUCUUGUUCGGACGGCAUUCCGCCGAUGGACUUGACAAUGAAGCGGCGUCAGGUCGUAUAGUGACGCCUGGGCAACGUUUGGGUGCGGUGGGCGUGGCCCUCCUUGGUGUCGUAGGUCUUACGACAGCAUAUACGACGAUACGAGCCAUAGGCAAACGCGCUCAUCCUAUGCACAACUUAGCUGCUUUUGCGCUCGUUUGCAUCGUCACCGCCCCUGUCGCGAUGGUCGUGACCCGCACACCCGCCGUCGUUCCUGACAACCUCGGCUCCAUUUUGAUGGUCAUAGCAGUCAGUGCAUGCGGGUUCGCUGCACAGAUGACUAUGACUACUGGUCUUCAACGCGAAACUGCUGGGAGAGGAACAAUGGCGAUCUACGUACAGGUAAUCUUCGCCAUGGCCUUCGAACGCAUUUUCUUCAACACGUUGCCAAAUUGGCUCUCCUUACUCGGAACCGUCAUCAUAUUAUCAUCUGCAGUCUACGUAGUGGUAAGCUUCAACACAGGCGAGCGCGUUCUGAUAUUAUUUUGCUGA